AUGAAGAUUGGAGGAUAUCGAUUGUGGGCGGUUUUGUCCGUCCUAUGUUUUAGCAAUUUUGUCAUUGCCGAAGAAGCGACGUGCACGGCGGAUGGUGAUUGCUCGGUCGAGGAAGAAGCAGCUUCUACAUCCAACAAUGCUUCGGGCGCCAAGGUGGUUUGUGAAAACAAGCACGAUCAAUGCGAGUUCUGGGCCGGUCUUGGCGAGUGUGAAAAAAACCCUGGUUAUAUGCACAGCAACUGCGCCAAGAUUUGUGGAACGUGUGCGGGAUACCGACAACCGACUUUGGCGGAUGGAAAAACGUUUGGAGUGUCCCAGCAAGUCACGGGAAGCAAAGCCGAUGAAAUUCAAAAACUCAUUGAUGACACACAAAAAUACAUGAGGGAAGAAGUCUCUGUAGAUGACAAAUUCAAGGAAGUUCGGGAUGGAUGCCAGAAUCGAAAUGAACUCUGUGCUUUUUGGGCCGUCAUUGGGGAAUGUGAAGCCAAUCCAAAGUUUAUGGAAAUGGAAUGCGCGCCUUCCUGCAAGACGUGCAUCAAAUUGGACUUUGAUUUCCGAUGCCCUUUUGACAAGGACGCUCCUUCCACUUGGAAACCCGGUGAUCUCAACAAAAUGUUUGAACGAAUCACUACUGAUCAAUACUACCAGCAGUUCGAACCAAAGAUCCUUUCCCAACCAGGGCAGCCCAUUGGAAAAUUCAAGGAUGGACCCUGGGUGAUCACCCUUGACAACCUACUCUCGGAACAAGAAUGUGAAAAGUUAAUUGAACUUGGUGGGGUCCGAGGGUAUGAGCAGUCGUAUGAUGUGGGAAAGAAGAAAUACGAUGGCACCUAUGAUAAGCAUUUGAACCAGGAUCGCACCAGUACCAAUGCUUGGUGUGUCGAUGAAUGCUACAAUGACACUGUCACGCAAGACGUUGUCCAUAGGCUGGAAAACGUUACUGGCAUCGAUGACACGAACAGUGAAUAUUUGCAGCUACUCCGCUACGAAGUUGGGCAAAAAUAUGGGCAGCACCACGAUUACAUCGAUUACCAGAAAAACCGCCAGUGUGGUGUUCGUAUCAUCACUGUCUUCCUGUACCUCAAUGAUGUGGAAGCAGGAGGGGGAACAGACUUCCCUUUGCUAGGACUCACAGUGAUGCCAAAACGAGGCUCCGCACUCAUUUGGCCUUCUGUCAUGGAUGCCAAUCCUGACUACAAGGAUCAUCGCACAGAACACCAGGCGUUGCCAGUGGAAGCCGGAACAAAGUAUGGUGCCAAUGCAUGGGUUCACCAAAGAUCCUUCAAGGAUCCAUACGCAAAAGGUUGCAUCUAG